AUGGCCACCGUGUCUCAUGCUCCUUCGAUACACAGGGUCGCGUUGCUGGUGUCGUUGCAGCAGGUGGAGUGGUGGCUAAAGAAGUGGACCGGCGAAGAAUAUCACAAGCAACUCCCCAAGGAGAACCGAAACCCGCCGACUCCACAUGGCCACGGACGCGCCAGCGGCCGCGGAGCCCACCCCCGCGCAGUGGGACCAGCAGCUCUCCCAGCUCCGCGCGGAGAACGAGCAGCUGCAGCGGCGGAGGGCGACGCCGAGAAGGACCGCGACCUCUUCCGCGAGCUGUACGGCACCGCGUCCGCGCACGCGAGCGCGGUCUCGAGCGAGAACAACGCGCUCGCCGAGCGCGCCGCCGUCGCCGAGGGCCAGGCGCGCGACGGCCUCGCGAUGCUCCGCGCGGCGUACGACGAGCGCGUGCGGCUGCUCGAGGCGGAGGCCGCGCGCUGGCGCGCGCAGUGCGAGGUGCUCGCGGGGCGCGACGCGCGCACGGACGACGAGGUGCGCCGGCGCGCGGCGCGGGAGCCGGAGCUCGUGGACGAGAACGAGCGGCUCCGUGCGGAGCUGCGCGUGCUGGAGAAGGACUACAGGAGGAUGGAGGUCGUUGUUGAGGUUAUGACGAAGCAGCAGGUGGAGGAGUCCGCGGUGCUGGACGUCAUCCCUGCGUACAAGCAUCCUGUAUGGCAACCACCCUCGUUGGCGCACCCUUGUUCUGUGUCACGGACACUGGAGUCGCUAUCGACCAUGUUCUGA